AUGGCCAGGCUGCGAUCCAUCAUGCUCCUCAUGCUCGACGUUCCCCGGACCGCCAACUUCUUCAGAGAGGGUUUGGGCUGCAAGGUCGUAAUGGCAGACGACAGCUUCGCGGAGGUUCAAACCGGAGAGGUCAACAUCAUGCUCAAAUCAGUUCAAAGCAUCGCUGAGAGCACCAAAGGAUACUCCCCCUUCCUCAACUUCGAGGUGGACGACAUCGACGGCGCUAUCUCACGGCUCAUCUACCACGGAGGCUCGCUGGACGGGCCGAUCAAGUACCCUGCCCAUGGCAAAGUAGCGGCUGUGCAGGCACCGUGCGGGCAUAUGAUCAGCCUGUUCGAGCCAAACUCCGACCUGCUCACCCUACAGUCCCGAUUGAAGUGACGAAUCCCAUCCC